AUGUUAUUAAUUAAUAGAUUAAACAGCAGCAAUACAGCCACAGACAAUUUAUCAAAACUAGAUAGUAAUGAUACUAUAGAACAAAUUAAUGAAUCAACUCCUAAAAAAUUAUCUGAAGAAGAUAAAAAAUUAAAAUUUAAUAUUCAAGGAUUAUUUAAAAGAUUACCUUCAUUUAGUGCAACAACUCAAGAAGGGUCACCUAAAUCUGAAUUACCACCAUCAACCAUACCACAAAAUAUAAUGUCAGAUAUAAAUCAUAUAACAAUAGUACAAAGUAUAGAUGAAGAAGAAGAAGAAGAACCUCAAGAAUUUUCAUUUAAUAAUUAUGAAGAUUUAAAUUCCCCUAUAACAACUCCACAAUUAGCUCCAAUAUCAAAAGUUUCAUUAUUUAAUUCUCAACAAAGUUAUUUCCCCAAUCAAUUUUCAAAUGAAGAAAGAUACACUUCAUUUACAUCUGAUUGUAUAUCAUUACAAAAUAGUGAAAUGAGUAAUCAUCAAAUUGAAGAAGAACCACAACCACAAAUUGAAAAAAAGAAAAAAGAACUUAAUAGACCACAACCAAAAAGAAAUUUAAGAAGUUUAUUACGUAUUGGAUCAUUUUCAAGUAAUCAAAAUAUAAGAACAAAUAAUCCUCAUACAGCAAUACCAAAAGAAGAAGAAUUUUCAGAAUCAGAUUCAGAAUCAGAUCUAGAAUUUGAUCCAAAACAUGAAGAAAGUCAUUAUGAUUAUAAAAUUGGAGGUUAUCAUCCCGUAUGUAAAGGUGAUAUAUAUUAUAGUAGAAAUUUUCCAAAUAGAGAAUAUCUUAUUAUUAGGAAGUUAGGUUGGGGACAUUUUUCAACAGUAUGGUUAGCAAAAUCAAGACUAAUUGAUGGAAGUAAUUCAGAUGAAUAUUUUGUUGCAAUAAAAUUUGUAAAAUCAAAUAAAAAUUAUAAAGAAGCAGCAAAAGAUGAAAUUAGAAUUUUAAAAACUUUAAAUAAUCCUAGACAUAGUGAUCAUUUACCUGAAAAUUAUAAAUAUUUUAACCAUCAAAAACCUGAAGAUCAUCCUGGUUAUAAUCAUUUAAUGAAAUUAUUAGAUGAUUUUGAAAUUAUUGGUCCUAAUGGGAAUCAUAUUUGUAUGGUUUUUGAAAUUUUAGGAGAAAAUGUUUUAAAUUUAAUUUACAAGUAUAAGAAGUUUUAUAAAAAUGUUAAUGAAGAAAUUAAAAAAAAGGAAGAUGAAGAACCAAUGAAAUUUAAUAAAUUAGAUGCUGUAACAAAUAAGAAAAAAUCAAAUAAAUCAAUGUUAAGUUUAGGAUUAUCAUCAUCAACUACAUCAACUACUUCAUCAACAUCAUCAAAUGUAUCCCCAGUAAUGAAUGAAGAUUCAGAUUCAACCACUACCUCCACAACAACAACAAUAGGAUCAUGGGAAAAUGGAAUUGAUAAAAAAUUAAAAUCAUUAAAUUCAAAUUCACUUUCCAAAAUAAUUGAAACUUCAAAAAAUUGUGGUGGUAUACCAUUAAAUUUAGUUAAACAAAUUGUUAAACAAAUGUUAUUAGCAGUUGAUUAUAUGCAUCAUUGUGGUAUUAUACAUACUGAUUUAAAACCAGAAAAUAUUUUAAUUCAAAUUGAUGAUAUAAACAAGUUAGUAAAGUCUAUAGAAGAUAAAAAAAAUUCAAGAAAUAAUUCAAUAAGUAGAGCUACAUCAUUAAUUAAAAAGAAUUCAUUUAAUAAACCACAAUUAUUUGGAAGAACUUCAAGUUCAACUAUUUUACAACAACCAGAAGAAAGAGCUUCUUCAAUAGUUUCAAUAAAUUCACAACAAUCAUUUUCAUAUCGUCGUUCAAAAAAUUCAAUUGUUGGAAAAUAUGAUUCUCCAAUAAGAUCAUCAAAACCAUUAUGCUGUUCAACAACUCAAGAUGUAUUUUUUAAAGAUGUUGAAUUUGAUAAAACUAAGAAGUUAUCUAUAUCAAAAGCAAUCAGCCCUAAAAAUUUUUCAAUUUUCGAUAAAAAGCAAACAUUCGUUGAACCAACAAACUUGUCAAUAAAAAUUGCAGAUUUAGGUAAUGCAACAUAUACAAAUGAACAUUUUACAAAUCAAAUUCAAACAAGACAAUAUAGAUCCCCCGAGAUUUUGCUUAAAUAUAAAUCAUGGGGUUCUUCAACUGAUAUUUGGAGUAUUGGAUGUAUAAUAUUUGAAUUAAUAACUGGGGAUUUUUUAUUUGAUCCAAACGAUGGGAAAUUUUUUGAUAAAGAUGAAGAUCAUUUAGCUCAAAUUAUUGAAUUAUUGGGGAAUUUUCCUGAUGAUAAUUAUCUUUUGGAUUGUAAGCUCACUGGAAAAUUUUUUAAAUUAAAUCCAACUACUAAGGAAAUAGUUUUUAAAAAUAUAGAUAAUUUAAAAUUUUGGAGUCUUGAGAAUGUUUUGGUGGAAAAAUAUAAGUUCCGAAAAGAUGAUUUAGAAAUUCAAUUAAUUGUUGAUUUAAUUUUAAAAUGUUUAAAAUUUAAUAUUGAUGAAAGAUUUGAUGCUGCUAGUUUAUUAAAACAUCCUUGGUUUAGCUAUGAUGGAUCAAAUUCUGUAAGUGAAAGUGAUUUAAAAAAUUUAAAGAAUGAUCAUGAUGAUUUACCUGGUUUUACUUUUGAAGAAUAG